AUGCUGACUGUAGCAGAAGGACUCCUCCUUUGUUUUGCAACUAGUGUUUCAGUGCUGGGAGUUCUAGGCAAUUGGUUUAUCCUGCAUGCGAACUGCAUCAGGCAAAAGUUCUCCACAGCUUGCUUUAUUUUCACAGGCUUGGCUAUUUGCAGAAUCUGUACCAUAUGUGUAAUAAUCUCUGAUGGAUAUUUAAAAUUAUUUUCUCCACAUAUGGUUGCCUCUAACACCCACAUUAUAGUGAUUUCUUACAUGUGGAUAAUUACCAAUCACACAAGUACGUGGUUUGCCACCAGCCUCAACCUCUUCUAUCUCCUGAAGAUACCAAAUUUUUCUCACUACAUCUACUUCUGCUUGAAGAGAAAAAUCAAUACAAUACUUAUCUUCUUUCUGGGAUGCUUAUUUAUAUCAUGGUCAGUUGCUUUUCAACAAUCAGUGAAGAUGAUUAAUGUUAAAAUGCAACACAGAAAUACUUCCUGGCAGUUUUACUUCAAUAAGAGUGAGCUCAUUGUAAGCCACAUUCUUGUCAACCUGGGAGUCAUAUUCUUCUUUAUGGUGGCUAUCAUUACAUGCUUCCUAGUAAUUAUUUCACUUUGGAAACACAAUAGAAAGAUGCAGUUGUACGUCUCAAGAUUCAAAAGCCUUAGCACAGAAGUUCAUGUGAAAGUCAUGAAAGUUUUAAUUUCUUUCAUUAUCCUGUUGAUCUUGCACUUCAUAGGUAUUUUGAUAGAAACACUGAGCUUUGUAAAAUAUCAAAAUAAACUGCUACUUAUUCUGGGUUUGAUAAUUUCAUGCAUGUAUCCUUGCUGUCAUUCAUUUAUCCUAAUUCUAGCAAACAGCCACCUGAAGCAGGAUUCUUUGAAGGCACUGAAGCAAUUAAAAUGCCACAAGAAAGACAAGGAUGUCAGAGUGACAUAG